GCAGUCUCACCAAGGUUAGGUGUUCCACCAGCUCCUGUCAAAAAUAGCAUUUGGUCAAGUCCUUAUAUAAAAUAUGGUCUCCCACUAGGUUUGCUAGCUACAGCAGGAGCAGUUAUGAUGUUGAAAAGAAAUAAAGCAAAUGUUGUAAAUAAUACUGAAGUAGCUGAAGUUAAACAAACUCCGACACCUUCGCCAAAACCAACAUCAAAACCAACACCUUCACAAACAACACCUUCAAUGACUCCUGAACCUAUGAAAGUACAAACUCCUGUUCAAAAGUCAACUCCAAAACCGACUCCAACAUUUAAACCAGAACCUACUCCUCAAAUAAAUCGUAAAACUCCUGCGUUUCCUUACUGA